UCCAAAGUGGAAAUUCCUCCGUAUCUGAAUCUGUUGUGGCGCUAACAAGGUGACAAAAAUGACAGACACUGUGUCCUAAAAUAGGGGAUUUAUUAAGAAGCAUUUGGCAAUUCAAGAGCCUGAUACAACGAUCUUGUACUUUGUGACCUUUACCCCAGUAACCCAAAAGAGGAUUUGUUCGACGGGAACUGGCAACCCCGCACAAAGACAAUAACAUGGCUUUUCUGCUGCGCCGCUGCUCUAAACUCUCACUGAGAAACGCGUUCAUGAAUACCCACUCGGACUCUGCAGCUCGUCUCCGGAUUCUGCCGAGCACCAGCUGCAUGUUUGACGAAGCUGUUGAGAUAAAACUGAGCGGUUUGACUCCUCAGCAACAUGUGCAGUUACAGUCCAACCUCCGGGACGACAAAGGCGUUGUUUUCAAAGCUACGGCCACAUAUCAGGCGGACGAGAAAGGAGAGGUUGACGUGAGCCGUCAUCCCUCACUGGGGGGAACCUACACAGGUGUUGAACCGAUGGGUUUGUUUUGGUCGAUGCGGCCAGACGUGCCACACAGUAAAGUGGUGAAGAGAGACGCGUCGAGCCCCGUUCACUAUCACAUCGAGGCUUCCAGUGGAGGAGAAGUCCUCGCUAAGGAGACCAACGAAAGGCACUUCACGUGCCCGGGAGUCCGAAGAGCUCCUGUGAGAGAAGGCAGGAUACGAGGAACCCUUUUCACACCACCUGGUGAAGGCCCGUUCCCUGCCAUUGUAGAUCUGUAUACUUUAGGAGGAAUUCUUUGUGAGCCACGAGCAGCUCUACUGGCGAGUAAUGGGUUUGUGGUGCUGGCCCUGGCUCUCUAUGGUUACCAGGACAUGCCCAAAAAAGUUAAUAAGAUUGAGCUGGAGUACUUUGAAGAAGCUGUAAUAUUCCUGCAGAAUUUACCCGAGGUGAAAAAGACUGGGAUAGGCAUAGUGUCCAUCUCAAAGAGUGGAGAAAUAGCUCUGGCAAUGGCAUCAUUCCUGCCCAAUGUGAAAGCCACUGUCUGCCUCAACGGAGGCAUCGCCAAUGUUGUGUUUCCACUCCACUACAAAGACAUUAUCUUCCCACCUCUCACAGAACAUCGGGAGAGGAUAACUGUAACUAAAUCAGGUAUCUUGGACAUCAGAGAUGUUCUAGAAGAUCCCAUGGCAAAGGAGAACCGUGCCAGUCUCAUACCGAUUGAGCGAGCCAGCUGCAAUUUCCUGUUCGUAGUUUCAGAAGAUGACAGAAACUGGAACAGUGCCUAUUACGCAGAGCAAGCUUGCAACAUCCUCAAAGAACAUGGAAAAACAAACUGUGAAGUGGUGAGCUAUCCAAAUGCAGGGCACUUCUUAGAAGUCCCUUACAUGCCCCAUUAUCCAUCUGGAGUCCACGCAGCAGUCGGCCAAGUGGUGGCUUUUGGAGGAGAAACGAAAGUCCAUGCAGACGCACAGGUGGAUACAUGGAGAAGAGUGCAGGAAUUUUUCAGAAAACACUUACAGUGUCCUGAUGGCCCUCUUAAAUCUGCUCUUUAACAAGGCUGGCUGCUGAGAAAUAAGGAAGCCUGAAGAAAAAAAAUCUGUAUGUGAUAUCCUUAAAAACGGUUAAAAUUUAAGACCUGCAGUUCAAGAUUCAUGAUUUAAGAAUCUAAAUUAAAGAAUCUAAAUUAAAGACCUGCAGUUCAAGAUUCAUGAUUUAAGAAUCUAUUGUCAUUUCACAGGGUACAAUGAAAUUGGGUAGCAAUCCUGAUGGUGCAUAAAAAAAAAAAAAAAACUAGGAAUAAAGCAAAAGAAAUAUAUAGGCUUAUGAAAAAUAUAAAAUGCAAGAUAUUUUAAA